AUGGAUUAUAUUCAACAUUUGAGCGUAAAAAAAGUGAUUCAUGAGAAUAAACUCAACUUUACGUUCUCAGAUUUUUUAAUUAAUCAAGAUAAAUACAAAAUUUAUAACGAAAUAAACAUGAAAGUGGAUUGUUUUAGCUUGAAAUAUACACAUAUUGGAAAAGAAAUGUUUUACUUAAUUAUUAUUUACAUUUUAAAUAAAAAAAUUAAUGAAUUAAAAAAAGAUAAUAUAAAAAGUAGGCAUAUAAUAUUAUUAUUAUAUGGAAUUAACAAAAGCAAUAAAUUGAAAAUAAAUAUUAAUAGAGAAAAUAUAUUAAAAAAGAAUGAAAACGGUUUUCAAUAUUUUAAAGCAAAUGAAAAUCCCUUAUUCAAAAAUAACAAUUUUUUAAAAAAUGGAAAAAGUAAAAAAUUAUUUUUUUGUAAAAAGGUUAAGUAUAUUAGAAUAAAAAAAAAUUUAUUAAAGAAAGAGAGAAAAAAAAAUUUUUUUUACAUAGCGCAUAAAACGAAGAUAAUAAAUAUGUACUCGUUAAAGAAAAGUUAUUUAUAUAAGGAAAAAAUUUCAGAUAAAAUAUGUAAAAACUUAACUUUCUGUUUAAUAUCAGUAAUAAAAAAAAAACAUAACAAAUACAGAGUUAUUUUUUUGAAUAUUCAAAAUAUUAAUAAUUAUGUAAAGUCAAAUGAUGUACUCAACUGUAGCUUAAAACAUAUUUUAAAAAAAAAGUUUCAGGAAUUAUCACAAAAUCUUUUUUAUUAUUCAAAAAUAUAUUCAUACAAAGAUAUAUAUUUUUAUUUGAAAUUUUUUAUAUUUAAUGAAAAUAUUUCUAGUAAAAAAUGUCAUCUAUGUAUUAAAGAUUUUGAUUCUAAAAGAAAAAACAUAAUUAUCCUGGAUAAAAGUAAUAAAUUACUAUUAAACAGUAAUUUUGAGGAUUUUAUUUUUUCAAAUUUUAGAAAUGUGAAUAUUAAAAAAUCAAUGAAUUUUUCUAACAUAAUUUAUUAUAUUAUUGAGGGGAAAUUAUUUUUUCAGUUAAGCUGUAAUAAACUUUUAAAAAUAUAUUUAGAAAAUUUUAAAAAUUGUUAUUGUUUUAUUUUAAAAUAUUUAUUCCAAAAUAGUACAAAUAUUUACAUAAAUUAUAAAAUAAUUAAAAUUAAGAAGUUUUUUAAAAAAUUACAGAAAAUUAAAAAGGAUAGUAGUUUAACCGUGUUUGACUGUCUUUGUAAUAUAUGUUGUCAUAAUUCCAUUAUUAUUAAUUCUUUAUUACUUAAAUAUUUGUUUUGUGAAUUAUCAGGAAUUAUUAUAAUAUGUAUACAUUAUUAUAAGAAAUUUUUUUUUAUUAUAUUACCUAAUAGAAAAAUAGAUGAUAAUUGUGAAAUUAAUUUUAAUGAUAUUUCUAAUAAUCAUAUUAAUAAAAUUAAUUAUGUUAAUAAUUAUAAUAGGAAUAAAUGUUGUAAAUUAAACAAACAAAUUCACCUAAAUAAUAAAAUUCAUAUAUAUAGCAUAUUAUACUACAAAAUAAGUUUAAAUAGUUUAUUUUUAAUGAACAGUAAUAAUCUUAUAUUAAGAAAAAGAAAUGAUAAUUGUUAUUCAAGUUAUUUAAUUUAUAUGAAUAUAUAUGCUAAAAUAAAAAAAUAUGUAAAUAAAAUAAUUUACUUAAUACUAAAUGAUUUCCGAAACAAAAUAUUUUAUUUAUAUAUUUAUGAUAAUACAUUGUCAGUACUUACAUAUUUAACGAAUAAUCUAUUAAUGAUGAAAAAUUGUAAUAAAUGUAAUAACCAGAUUUCUUUGAUUAUAUAUACAAUAACAAUGCUUAAAUUAUAUAUAUAUUCUCUAUUUUUAAUUUUAUAUUAUACAUAUAUAAUUAUAGAAUAUUUAAAAUUUAUCAUAUUGUUUCAAAACAUAUUAAUGUAUACUAACAUAAAUAAUAUAAAUGAUAAUAUAUUUAGGGAGAAUUUUUUGUCAUGUAUGAUAUAUUUUGUUGUUAAUUAUAUCAUAAUUAAGAUGAUGAAUUACAUUAAUAUGAAAAAUAUAACUUUUGUUAUUUUUUUUUUGUUUUUGAAUGUAGUAUUAUUUUCAUAUUUUGUAAAUGAUUUUAUAAAUAAUAAUUCAUUGUUUAAAAAAAAAAAUAAAGAUUUUAUUUUAAGUAAUUUAAAACAUUAUUUUUAUUAUGCAUUAUUUACGUUUACAUAUAUUAGUGCCAUUAAUAAAAUUAAUUUUCUUUGUGUUUCUACUUUAUAUAUUAUAUAUGACUGGUUUAAUAUUAUGUAUAGAACUAAUAAUCCUGUGAAUUGUGCUACAUCAGUAAAUUAUUGCAUGUUAAUUUUUUUUUUUUUAGUGAUUUAUUUGAUUUCCGUCUUUAUAUAUUACUUCUUAAUGUAUAUAAAUAAAAAUAAAGAAAUUUUAUAUAUUUCCUUAUAUAUAAAAAAAAAAAAAAAAAAUUUUUUUACAUAUAUUUAUGAAAUCAUAAAUAGAUAUGUCUUCAAUUUUUGUGAUUUUAAAGUUUUAUAUUUUAUUAUCAAUAUAAUAAAUUUAGUCAUUAGACAUAUUUGUAAUGAUAAUUAUAGUAUAGUUAGAAAUUAUAUAAUUGAUUAUAUUGUUUUAUUUUUGUUGACACUUUUUUAUUUAUUUAUGUUAUAUUUUUCAUUUUAUGAAAGAAGAUGUAUUAAAUUGUGUAAUAAAAUUAAAGAGUUAAAAAAAAAUGGUAAAUUGUGCAGAUUAUUUUUGAUAGAAGCGAGUUUUAUGAAGAACAAAAAAUUUAUUAACAGAUGUGAUGGAUACAUUUAUCAAGUAAAUUCAAUUCUAUAUAGUGAAAAAUUACGCCGAAUGAAUUGUGAUAAUGAUAAGAAUAGGAUGCCUUUUAGUUUAUUAAAUAAAAAAGAAGUUCCAUAUAUUAUAUAUUUAAACAAAAUAAAACAUGAUAAUCACAAUAUUUACUUAAAAUAUAUUAAUAAUAAUAAAAAUGUUGGAAAAAUAUAUAGUACAAAUAUAAAACUGAAUAAUAUUAAUAUUAUUACAUCUGUUUUAAAUCUAAAAGAAAAAAAUAUUUAUAGGAACUAUGAUUUUACUUUUAAGAAUAGUAAUAUAAAUUAUAAUAUAACGUUGUUAAAAAUAUUAUUUUAUACAAUUUAUAUAAAAGUAAUGAAUAUAUCUUUAUAUUCCAUAUUUUUAUCAAUAUAUAAAAUACACAUCUUUUUCCUUUUUAUUAUUUACAAUAUAUUAAUUUCUUAUAUAUAUUUAAGUACAUUAAAAAUGGUAUUAUUUUUUAAUAUAUUAGCAAAUAUAUUAUAUAACAAGAAUUACAAUAACAAAAAAGGAAAUUUCGAAAUGUUCAAUAAAAUGAAGAAAAAAAUUAAGGAAAAAAAUUUUUAUAAAAGUAGAAAUACCAAAAAUUGUUGUAAGUCUUUAGUGAAUGAAUUAAAUAAUGUAAAAAUUAUUGAAAAUAAUAAUGACAGAAAUAAAAAUUUAUAUUUUUAUUCAUUUUUGAUAUUACAUAAUUUAUCUGUUUUUUUAAAUUGGUUGUCAAUAAUGCAUAUUUAUAAAAAUGGGAGAGAAGAAAAAAUAUUAAGAAAAAAUUAUUAUAUUUCAAUAUUUAUAGAUACAUUAAAAUAUAUUAAUAAUAAAUACAUUAUUUUUUUAUUUUAUAAUGAAUAUGAAUAUAUUAAAAAUAAUUCUUAUUAUAUUAUUAAGAAAAAUAUAAAAAAGAGAAAUAACAAAGAAAAUAAUUUUUAUGAAAUACAUAAUUUUAAGUAUAAUAAAAUUAAAAAAAAUACUUUUGACAGAAGUAAUAAAAAUAACAGUAAUUAUAGAAAUAAUCAUGUUGAUAAUAAUAAUAAUAGUGAUAGCAGUGAUAAUAAUAGAGCUAAUAGAAAUGAAAAUAUUGAGCAAAAUAGUAACAAUGAGAGUGAUAAUAUAUAUAAUAACAAUAAUUCUGCUAAUAAUAAUGGUGAUAAAUAUAAUAAUAAUCAAGAAGGUGAAGGAAGAGAUAAUGAUCAUCAUGAUGAUAGAGAUGAAAAAAAAGAUGAUGAUGAAGAUGAAGAUACAGGAGAAAAUAAUGAUAAUUAUAUGGAGAAUGAUAAUAAUGAAACAAAAAAAAAAAAAAAAAAAAAAAAACUAAAUGAUAAAAGUAGAAACAUAAAUAAAUUGAAUAAUUUGAAAAGAAACAAAAAAAAUAAUGACAUUUUGAAUGUUAAAAAUAGUGGAAAUAAUAUUUUGGGAAAUAAUUUUUACAAUUUAAAAAAUUCUAAUUAUUUAAAUAAUAUUGGAAACAUAAAUAAUCCAAUUUUAUUAAGUAGUAAUAUAAAGGAAAAUUUUUUGAAUGAUAACUUAAAUAAACCAAAUAUGCAGGUGAACAAUUAUCCAAACAAAAUAAAUCAUCAAAUUAGUAAUCAAAUGAAUAAUCAAAUAAAUAAUCAAAUGAACAAUCAAAUGAAUAAUCAAAUAAAUAAUCAAAUAAAUAAUCAAAUGAAUAAUCAAAUGAAUAAUCAAAUGAAUACUCAUAUUGGUAAUCAAAUGAAUAAUCAAAUAAAUACCCAUAUGGGUAAUCAAAUGAAUAAUCAAAUAAAUACUCAUAUGGGUAACCAAAUGAGUAACCAAAUAAACACUCAUAUGGGUAGCCAAAUGAAUAAUCAAAUGAGUAACCAAUUGAAUAGUCAAAUGAGUCAUCAAAUAAACAAUCAAAUAAACAAUCAAAUGAGUAACCAAAUAAAUACUCAAAUAAGUAAUCAAAUGAAUAAUCAGAUGAAUAAUCAAGUAAAUACUCAAAUAAAUAAUCAAAUGAGCAAUCAAAUGGGUAGUAAUAAUUUUAAUAUGUAUUUAAAUAAUCGAGUAAGUAUUCCAUAUAUACCAAAUUAUGUUAAUCAAAGUAAUCAAAUUCCUCUGAAUAUUAAUAAUCCAAUAAAUAAUAAUAUUAUAAAUACAAUGAAUAAACCAUUAAAUCCACAGAUGAAUAAAAUUAACAACCCAUUUAGAAAUAAUGUUAUGAAAAAUAGUUUUAAUCAAAUGAAUAGAAUAAUGAAUAAUCCUGUAAAUACUCAAAUUCCUAAUAAUGCAAACAAUAAUAUGAAUAAUUUUAAUAUCCAUAUAAACCAUCAAAAAAUAAAUAAUGCUAAUAAUCAUAUCAAUAAUAAAUUAAAUUACCAUGUGAGCAAUCAUAUGAAUGGCAAUAUACCCGGUAAUAUAAACAGCCAGAUAAAUAAUUCAUUAAAUAAUAUAACCAAUCCUUUAAAUAACAAUUUAAAUAUUCAUAUGGAUAAUCAAAAAAAAAAUACAUUAAAUAUUCAGUUAAAUAAUCAAAUGAAUAAUAAUCCUCUAAAUAAUCAAUUAAAUAGUCCCAUAACUAAUAAAAUAGGAAAUCAGAUGAAUAAUCAAAUAAGCAAUCAAAUGAACAAGGCGUUGAGUAAUCCGUUGAAUGUAAAUAACAAAUUAAAUACAGUUGUAAAUAAUAAAAAUAAUAAUAUCAAUAUACAUUUAAAUAAUCAUACGAUUAAUCAAAUGAAUAACUAUAUGAAUACAAAUAUAAAUAGAAAUUCAAUACCUAAUAAUAUAGUGAAUAAGGGAAUUAUACAAAACUCUAUGAAUAAAAAUAAAAUGAAAGAUAAUGUUAUUAAUAACAAUAUGUUCAGAAAUAAUAAUAACAUAUUACAAGACAAUUUAAUUAAUAAUAAAAUGGCACAAAAUAAUAUUAUUUCAAGUAAUAUAUUGAAAAACAACAUAAGAAAUAAUAACAUGUUAAAUAUGAAUAUGAUGAAUUCAAAUUUUAUCAAUAUAAAUAAUAUGAAGCAUUCUACAGAUAAUUAUCCUAUAAAUAAAAUAGUUGUGAAUAAUAAUAUUAUAAAUAGAGAUGUAAAUCCUAUUGGUAAUAAUUUUAAUUUAAUAAAUUAUGUAAAUAAAAAUAAUUUUAUAAAUAAAAAUAUGAAAAAUGUUAAAAUUGAAAAUUAUGCAUAUGAUCAAUUUUUAAUAAACAAUGAACAAAUGUCUAUAAUUGAUCACUCAAGUAUGAAUAACAACAAUAACAAUGCAAAAAUUUUAUUAAGUAAUAAUAUCAAUGGUGAGAAAAAUUCUAAAAAAAAAUAUUUAGUAAUUGGAAACAAUAAUUUGUCUGGAUAUCAAAGCAAAAAUAAUUCUGCAUAUAACAAUAACAAUAGUAAAAAAAAAAAUAAAAAUGAUUUAAAACAUAUAAAAGAUGAUGAUUUAAAUAAUAAUCAAAAUUUGAGAAGUAUAAAAAUUAAUUGGAGUAAAUAUGAUAACAUUUUUAAAAAAAUAAAAUUAGAAAAAAAUUAUGAUUGGUUUAUGGAUGAAAAUGAAGAUGAAUGUGAUGAUGAUACUGAUGAUAAAACAAGUGAUAGUGAGAGAAAUUUCCCUCUUUAUAAUGACUCAUUAAAUAUAAACUUUAAAAUUUUCUUUCGUGAUUAUAAUGAUAUUUUAAAUAAAUUAAAUUUAAUUAAAUUAAAUGAUAAACACAAUUUCAAAAAUAAUAGUUAUUCUCAGUUAUAUGAAGACAUUUUUUUAACUAUCGAAAAAUUUUUAGAUAUAUCACAAUUAAAGUUUGAUAAUAAUUUUACCCAUACGAAUUUCUAUAAUAACUGGUUAAAUUAUAAUUAUGGUAGUAAUAAAAACAAUAAAGAAAAAUCUAACUUUUUUAAAAGUGUAUCGAUGAGUGCAAAUAAUAAUAUUUUUUUUGAAACUCUACUAAAAAAAAAAAAAGAGAUCAAUGAAAAUUGUUUAAAAAAUAAUGAUUAUGAUAUAUUAACACAAAAUAAUUGUACUCUUAAUAUGAAUGAAGAAAAAUAUGAUAAUAUCAUACCUAAUAGUUCAAAAUUAAUUUCAAAAAAUAAUAUAUGUUAUGAGAAUGUUCACAAUAAUGAUUUAUUAAAUGAUAAUUCAUACGGUAAUUCUUAUUUCAAUGGAGAUAAUUUAAGUUUGACUAAAAUAAAGAAUUACAGUGAGAAUAAAAAUGCAUCAAGUCAAAGUUCACUUAUUGAAAAAAUAUUAUCAAAAAAAUACAGAACAUAUUCUAUAAAUGAAUUUUUAAAUGUAGAAUUAAAUGAUAAUUUACAAGAAUUAGUAAACGUAUAUAAAAAAAACUUAUGUCAUAAUAUAAGAACAGUAUUAAAACGAAAAAAGAAUUAUGAAAAGAGUUAUUAUCAAUGGUAUGGAAAUAAUUUUAAAAUGAGCAUAAACAGGGGUGAUUAUAAAAUAAGGAAAUAUGCAUUAUUCAAAAAAAAGAAAAAAAAAAAGUUAAUAAAUAAAAGUAAGGAAUCUAUUAAUAAUGCUGUACAACCAAAUAAAGAGUUAAAUAACAAUACAUUAGUAGAAAUAGAAAGCAAUAAUGCAAUGAAUGCUAAUAAAGAUAAUGAAAUCAAGGAAGUUACAAAUCAAAAUUUAGAUAAACCUUUUUAUUCAUGUUCUUCAGGAACUUCGAGGAAUGAAAAAUUGAAUGAGCAUAUUAAUGAAAACAGUAUGAUAAAAAUGAAAGGAAAAACAACAGAAAAUAGUUCAAAAAAUAAUAUUAAUAAUGAAAUGUGUGAAAAUAAUUUAAAUAAUAAACCUAUUAAUUCAAGAGAAAAAUUACAUCAAUUAAAUAUAUAUAAAGAAAAUAUAAGUGAUAUUGAAGUAAAAAUGCCAGAAGAUAAAUUAAAUAUAGAGAAUAAGAUAAAAGAACAGGUAGAAAAAAUAGAUAACUUAAAUAAAAGUGAGGAGAAAAAUUAUAGUUUAAAUAAUAUGGAAAAUUCUGAAUAUAAACAAAAUGAACUCAUGAUAAAUAAUUCAAAUUAUAAGAACAACAAUGAUAAUAAUAAUAAUAUGAAUAUCGAUAAUUAUAAUAAGGAAGUUGAAAAUCAUAAUAGAAGUUCAUAUAAAUUAAUUGAGAAUAAUGCAAAAGAGGAUGCAAGUAGUAAGAUAAAAUCAAAUGUAAAUGAAUCUGAUAUAAAUGAUUACAUAAAAAAGAGUAAUUGUGUAAAUGUGUUCAUAGAAAAGGAAAGUAUCCAAAUGAAACUAGAUAAAAAAAUGAAACUUAAAGGUAUAAACAGAUUAAAAUGCAAAUUAACGAAUGAAUCAAGAAAUUUAUCAAGUAUUAGACUUUAUAAAAAAAUAGAAGAUGCGAGAAGAAUUAAAAAGAAAAAAAAAAAUAAUAUGAAAUAUAAAACAAAUGCAAUAAUUGAUUUCGGAGAUAAAAUUGUGUGGGUAUCAUUCGAAUUUAAUAAUUUAGAAAUGCUAAAAAAAAUGAUAAGAAAUAAUAUAUUAUGUUUAAACUAUUUGAAGAAUAUUCAAAACAUAAGUGAUUCAGAAUAUAAAUUAGAAAAAAUUCUUACAGAUGAAAUGCGAAAGUAUAAAAAUGUAAAAAUAAAAUUUUAUAAAUUUUUAAGUUAUUAUGAUUUUAUUUUUUUAAAAAAUAGAUUAAAUUUCAUUAAAAUUAAAUAUAGAAAAGGAAAUAACAAUGAAGAAAAUAAAUUAAGUUAUAAUAAUUAUGGCUCAAAUAUAUUGAAUAAUGACAAUUUAUUGGUAAUGAAUAAUGGUAUUAUUAAUAAUAUGAAAAAGGGAGAAAAUAUAAAAGGGAUAAAUAAUGAGUAUAACAAUGAAAUUGAAAAUAAUGGUAUAAAAAAGUCUAUUAGUAAUCAAGGAACAUUUAAUAUAAAAAACAAUAUUCCUAUAAAUUUUGAUAUUACAAAUACUUCCUGUAAUAAUAAUGAUGAAUUAGAUAGUGAACAGAAAGGAUACUGUAUUAUGGAUAGAAAAGAAAAGUUAAGCGUUUUAAAUAAUAAAGAAUUUGAAGAACAAGAAAAUUCUAACAUAAAUGAUAUGAACAAGAAAAAAACAGAAAUUAAUGGCACUUUAGAAGGAAUAUUUGUAAAAAGAGAAAAAGAUGAUGAAGCAAUCAUGUCUAAUAAUAAAAUUAAAAAUGAUUAUAAUUACGUUCCAUCCUAUGCUUACAAAAAUAAUGAAGAUGAAAUAGAUGAAUGCAGAAAAGAAAUAGGAAACAAUAAUAAAAGAAUAAAAAAAAAUAUAAAAAAAACGAAAUUAUACAAGAACAUACUAUUAUUUCCUUUAAUUGAUAAGAAAAAAAUAAGUUCUUAUAUUAAUGUCAAUUUAAAUGUAGAUAUAAAAAAAGAGAUAUUUGAAAAUGACAAAUUAAGUGAAAAAGAAAUGAACCUUGUUAAUAAAUACUUAAAUAAAAAUAUGAAAAUAGAAAAAAAUGAAUAUUCUAGGAUAGGUAUUUAUGAAAAUUAUGAUAACUUUAAUAAAAAUGGAAGUGAUAAGUACAAUUACAACGAUGCUGUUCUAAUUGACAAUUAUAUAUGGCCUAAUAAUCCAACCUUAUUUAAUAUUUUUGAAAAAUAUUAUCUUUUAUUGAAAAUGCAAAAAUAUAUUUUGCAGUAUAAACAUUUUUCAAAAAAUAAUAUAAAAAAAAAAAUAAAUUCAGAAUCUAAUAAUGAUAUUUACUCAAGUUCAAAUUCCUUAAAUUGUUCUUCAACCGGUAAUUUAAAGAAUAAAAAAAAACAUAUAAAAAUUAAAAGUGAAAGAUUAACCGAAGAAAAUAUCUCUUCAAAUCAUAAUAUAGAUAUAAGAAGUUCAGGUACGAAUACAGAUCACCUUAGAGAAAAAAAAAAAAUAAUUACAAGAGUAAACAUCGAAAAUAAUGAUAAUAUAUAUUUAAAAAAUGAUAUUAAUAAUAGAAAAAGUAACAAUAAUAUAAAUAAUUUAAAAAUGGAUAAUGUAAAAAUGAUGUAUAGAGAUGGAAAUAAUUUUAUAAAUAUUCAUAAAAAUGAUAUAGGAGAUAAAAAAAUAAAAUUGAAAACGGAAAGCAAAUUACAUGGAAAUGAUAAAUUAUUUUAUAAUGUGGGUGAAUAUAAUAAAUUAGAUGAAAAUAAUUGUAAAUAUGUGGAAGAAAAUACAGAAAAUCUUAAUGAAAAUGAUUCAGAAGAGAUAAAAAGUGAGAAAAAAUUACAAAGAAUAAAAAAUGAAGAACAUAUAACAAAUAAUAACCAUUUUUUUAAUGAAGAUGAAGAGGAAGAAGAAAUAAAUAUAAAACACAAAGAUAGAGAUAUAUAUUUAUAUAAUUCUAUUAGGCAUAAAAUAUCUAAUGAUCGAAUACAAAACGAAAAUAUGCAUUUUAAUUUGAAAAAAGAUUUAAAGUUAAGUAAAAGUUCAAGAAUAAACAGCAAAGUUAGUAAUAAAAAAUAUUCGUUAUCACCGUUAAUAAAUAAAAGAGAAUUAAAUAAUUUGGAUGAUGUAGAAGAAGAAAAUGUAAAGAAAAAAAGAGGAAGAAAAAAAGGAAAGAGAAGAGGCAGAAAAAAAGGAGUAAAAAAUAAAAGCAAAUUGCUGGAUGAAAAAAAUGAAAAUAAAAAAAAUAAAUUAUUAGGUGAGGAAGAAGAAGAAGAAGAUGAUGAAGAUGAAAUAGAAAAAAUAAAUGAAAAAAAUAAAAUAGACGAUGAAGAAAAUGAAAUGUUUGAAAAUGAUGUACCUAUUGAUAAAGAUAUUAUAAUAGACUUGUUAUGUGAAGAUGAAAAAUUAAUAGAAAGUUAUAUUAAAAAUUCUCGAUUUGUUGAUAAAAACUUAGUAUGCUUAUUAAUUUACAUGAAUAAUAUACAAAAAAAAUUAAGUAGUAUCUGUAACAAGUUAUUAAAAAAAGUUAUAAAAGAAAAUAAAACACCAAUUAGAAUUAGUGAUAAUAUAGAAAAAAGUGAAGAAAUAAUUUAUAAAUAUAUAAUGUUUGAGAGGUGGAAUCAAUUAAGAUAUUCUUUAUUGUAUAAUAUUAAUUUAAUUAACAAUAAAAUUAAUAAAUCAGAAAAUGAUCAGACCAUUUAUAAGAAUAUAAAUAUUAAGUCUAUAUUUGAUUUACAUCAAUUUUCUUAUAAAUAUAAAAAACAGAAAAUUCCUUCUUUUGAAUAUAGUGUUUUUUUAAAAUACAAAUUUCAUAAACAAAAUAGAAAUACAUUUUUUAAUGAUAAUUUUUCAUAUUCUAAUUGCAAUGAAGCAUCAUUUAUUAAUGAUGAAGAAAAAUUUUGUGGUUUCUCUAAUAAUAACGAUUUAAAUAUAACUCCUGUAUUUUCAUAUUGCUGUGUAUGUUUUAAUGAUGAUUAUAAUAGUAUGCAAAUAAAUGAACAAAAUGAUAAUGUAAAAACAUUUUCAAGAAAUAAUUCUAUAAAAAAUGUUACAAAUUCAGAAAAUAAGAAUGAAAUAGUAAGUACAAAAAAUAAAACAGAUAAAAAUGCUAACAAAAUUAAUUUACAUAUAAAGAAUGAAAAUUAUAUAAAAAAGGAAGAAAAUAAAUUAAAUUCAGAGGUUAAUAUAUUAGAUACAAAAAAUAACACUAAUAAUGUUAAUGAUUUUUCAAGUAAUAAUAAUGAAGUUAAUAUAUGCCAAGUUAAAGAUAGUAAUACAUCAAACAAUGCUAAUAAUAAAACAGGUAAUAUCGAUUUAUCUAUUAUAGAAAAAAAUGUAAAAAAUAAUCGAAACUUGAUGUUAAGAUGCAGCAGAUGUUAUAUACAUGUUCAUAAAUUUUGCUACAUUUCAACAAAAAAAUCAGAUGAAAAUAUUCUCAGUAACACACAGAAUAAUACAUCUGUAAAUAGUAAUGAAUGGUUAUGUCAAAGAUGUGAAUUUGAAAAAAAAUCUUUAGGUAAUAAUUAUUUAUAUUUAUUUGAUAAUAAUAUUAAGUGCUAUAUAUGCAUUGAAAGGGGAGGAGCCUUUAUUCAAAUGAACAGCAAUAUAUUUGUUCAUACAUUUUGUGCAUUAUUUUGUGUUCCUGAUAUAUUAAUUAAUACAAAUGUAAAUUUGGAAAAUUUUGAUGAAUUUUUAAAAUUAAAUAACUUAUCUUUAACCCAAGAAAUUUUUUCCAUGUUCAAAAAAAGGAAAAGAAAAUCACAGAAGAAAAAGAGGGAAAUACGGGAAUUAAUGAUAGAAGAAGAUAAAAAUAAAAUAAGAUAUGAACGAGAAGAAAAGGGAAACAUAGAGAAAGAAAUAAAAGAAAAUGAACAUAAAAAUAAUAUUGUUAAUGAUAUUUUAAAAUUUAAAUAUGAACAGGGUGAUACAAAAAUCAUUAACAAAAAUAUUCCAUCAUCUUCAUCUACUUUAUCAAAAAAAGAAAAUGGUGUUGAUAAUAAAUUAUAUGAAGAAAAUUAUUCCUUUAAAAAUACCAAUACCUUAAACGAUAAGAAUAUUCCUAGAAUUAAUGAACCUAAUAGUUAUUUAAUCAAAAAUAAUAAAUUAGUAUUAGGAGAUUUGAAAUCAAACAUAAUGAACAUAGAAAAAAAUAAAAAUGAUGACUCAUUAAUUAAAAAUAAAGAUAAAGAUAAUUAUAUUUCAGGUUUUAAUCAUACAAAAGACAUCUCUUCUGAAAACAAAAUUAUUAAUGGUACAAAUAUAGGAGAGAAAAAUAAAAAUAAAAUAAAGGCUUCUUUAUUAAAUGAUUAUUCUAAUGAUAGCAAAACUACAAAAAAAAAUGAGGUAAUAAAAGCUUCAAAAAAAAGAGAAGCAAAAAUUUAUGAUUUUUUUACAUUCAUAAAAAAAGAAGAUAAAAAAAGAUUAAGUGAAAAUUCAUAUGAUUUUGAAGAUUUAAAAAAAAAAAAAAAAAAAAUUAAUAUUGAUAGGUUAGAUAGUGGAAUGAAUAACAUACGAAUUUCUGAAAAAUCGAAAAAAUAUAUUCACGACAUAAAUAAGAAAAAUAGUAAAAAUGGUUUUAUUGAAGAUAACAAAAAGAUUAUGAAAGAAUUAUAUAAUAAUAAUAAAAAUAAAAUCAAAAAAGAAUAUAAUGAUUUCAAUCAAAGAGAAAACAAAAAAGAUAUAACUGAUAAAGAAAAUGAAGUUUCAUUAAUAAAUUGUGAUAUAAAAGAAGUCAUUUGUAAAAACAGUGAAGAUGUUGACAAUGAAGAUGAUAAUAAUAAGAUACAUGCUAAAAAGGUUAACAUAAAUUCAGAUAUAGAUGAAAAUUCUUCACAUUCAUCUUCUUCUUUUUUUUCAAGUUCAUUGUGUUCUGUAUCAACUUUAUCAGAUAGGAAUGGUAUUAAAUUAAAUAACAACAUAAAAAAUAAAUUGAAUAUUUUUAAUUAUAUAGAAAGCCCAUAUCUUUUAAGUGGUUACGAAAAUAAAAAUAUUAGAUGUGAUGUAUGUUUGAAAACAAAAGGAAUUUUUAUAAAAUGUGAAAAUAUAAAUUGUAAAAAAUAUAUUCAUCCUUUAUGUGCAUUUAUGUGUGGAUUAUAUAUAAAAUGUAAAAAUUCUAAUAAAAAAUUUCUCAAGUUUAGAAAUAAAAUAGAUUAUUGUUUUCCUCGUAUCUUUUUUUUUAUUAAAUGUAUCAGUCAUUCUAUAAAAAAAUAUGGUAUUUUAAAUAUAUACGAUCAGAUAAUUAAAAGAAGAACAAAAUAUUUGAAUAGAGAUUUGUAUCCUAAUAUAUAUGAAAAUAAUAAAAAAGAGAGAAAACAGAAAAAUUCUCUAAAAUAUAAAAUACGUAAUAAUUCAAAUAAUAAUAAAAAGGGUGAUAUAUAUGAAAUUUUAGCUUUUAAUUUUAAUUAUUUAGAUGCUUAUCAAUUUAAUUUUUUUCUUCUCCCAACAAUUGAUCAUAUAAAAAAUAACAUAUGCUUAGUAUGUUUUACUUCUCAUAAUAGGAAACAAUUAUUAUAUUGCAAAUAUUGUAAUAUAUGUGUUCAUAAAAAAUGCUAUUUAGUUGAUUCUAGUUUUAUUGAAUAUCAUUUUUAUAAAAGAAAAAAAAAAGUAUAUACAUUUUUAAUACAUAAUAAAGAGCAAAAAAUUAAAAACAUAAUCGAUCAAAUAAAAGUAAAAAAAGAAUCUAUUAUUAAUUUACUUCAUGAUAAAAAUGGUAAUGAUAAUAAUAAUAAUAAUUUAAAAGAUUCUGAAUUAUUACUACCAUAUAAAAAAUCAAAUGAUUUGGAUAAAUAUGUAUCAAAGAAUGAAUUAAAAAAAGAAAAUAAUGAGUAUACUGCUGAAUCUAAUUUGACUAACUGUUAUGAUACAAAUGCAAAUACAAAUAAUUAUCUCAAAAAUGAUUCUAAAAAUGUUCUUGAAUUAAAUAGUAAAAUUAAUGUACAUGAAAAUUAUCAAGAUAACACAACAAAUUUAAAAGGCAGUGUUACUAAUAAUGAUCUAGAAGACGUAAGUAAUGCAAAUAAAUGUAAUAUAAUAGAUAAAAAUGAAAAUAAUAAUAAUAAUAAUAAAGAUAUGAAUAAUAAUAUUCUUGUGAAUGAUAAAAUAAGUUGCGAAAAAAAAUUUGAGCGUUCUAAUAUAAUAAGGCAAUUAAUACAAAAUGAAAUUAAUAAUUGUUUACAUGCUACUCAGGAUUAUAAAAAUAUUGAAUUUAUUCAUAAAUUAAAAGAGUUUAGUAAAAUGGAUAAUUUCUAUAAAUUGUGUAAUAAAUACAUAAACGAUGAAGAAAAAUGUAUAACUGAUAUUGAUGAUAUAGAAGAAAAAAAAUUAUUUGUUUGUGAUCUUUGUGCAAAUAAUUAUAAUUAUGAAAACGUAAACUGUAUAUUAUGUAGCAGAAGGGGUGGAGCAAUUAAAAUUGUAAAAGUUAAUGAUUAUAUGAAGCUUGAUAAAAAUAAAAAUAAGAAAAAUAAUUUUAUAAAAAAUGAAAAGGAUUUUAUUUUUGUCCAUAUGCAAUGUGCUUUGUUUUCACCACAGAUAAUCAUUCAGGAUAUUAGUGAAGAAUAUUAUCAGUAUUACAAUUAUGACAAUUUUGCUUUGAAUGAUUAUGGUGAAGAAGAUAUUAUGAAGGAAAAGAAUUUUCUAUCAGAUUCAGAAAUUCAGGUUUUAAAUGAAGAAUAUUAUUAUGAUGAAAAACAAAGUUUACUUAAUGAAUUUUUUUUUAAACAAUCGUAUAUUAAUCAUAGAAACAGUGGAAAAAAAUGCAUUGAUAAAAAAAAUACUAUUGAUACAAUAGAAGAUAAUAAUAUUUAUAAAAAACUUUCCUUUAAUUUUAAUAAAAGAAAUGAAAAAGUUAAUAAAGAGAAAGAAAACACAAAUAAUGUACAUGAUUUGAUUAAUACUUCAAAAACAGUCUUAAAUAAUGCUAUGGAAAAUAUAGUAAGUAACUCCGUUAAGAAUAAUUAUAAUAAUGAUGAAGAAUUAAAAAAAAAUAAUGAAUUAAAUUUUGAUGUAAUCAAUGAAAGUGAAAUAAAUUCUUCUUUAAUUGAAAAAGAAAAAAAUUCUGAUAAUACUUUUAUAAAUAAUCAAGAAGGUGGUACUGCUUCUAAUAAAAAUGAGAAGGAAAAUGAAGAUAAAAAUAUUCAAGAAAAAGGUCAUACAGUAUAUAAAAGUAACAUUUCUAUGUUUGAUAAUUAUAGCAAAAUAAAAGAAGGUAAUUUUGCCAUAAAUAAUAUGGAGAAAUAUGCAAAGAAAAUAAAAAAAAGUAAACAAUUAACACCUCUUAAUAAAUAUAAAAAUAUGAGUGAUAUGAAUAAAAGGAUAUCUUGUAAUAAAAAGACAAACUUAUAUUAUUAUAACUUAAAUAGAAAAAAAAAUAAUUACAAAAUAAUAAUUAAAGAUAAGUUAAAAAAGCAUCUUAAUAAAAAUACAUGUUAUAUUUGUAAUUUAACUUAUGGUUAUACUCAAAAAUGUGUAGAAAAUGCUUGUACAAAUUACUUUCAUAUCUCAUGUGCUCGUAUUCACAAAUUAUUUUUUGAAUUUGAUUAUAACUUUUUUAAAAUGCACCCUAAUGCAUCAAGUGUAGAUUUAGCAAAAAUACCAAAUUCGAUUAUAUUUUGUGAGGAACAUUCUAAAAUUAGAAGAAAAGUAAAACCAUCUAUUAAAUUGUUUUCGAAAUUAAGAUCCUUUCUUGAGCUUGCUCGGAUCAUUGUAGAUCAAAUGAAGAAAAGAGAAGAUAUAAAAAACUCAUGGAUAAAAAGUAAAUAUAAAAAUGAUAUUUCAAAAAAUAGAAAUAAUAUGAACAAAUUAAUAGAAAAUGUGAAUUAUGAAGAAGAUAAUAAAAUAAAAAGCAAUGAAAAAAAAAAUGAUAUAAUGAAAAUUAAACACAUGGAUAAUAAUAAUAUGUUAAAUAAUAAUGUUCAAGAUUAUGAUUUAAAAAAUAAAUUAAAUUUACAGAAUAAUGAUUAUUCAAAAGAUAUACAAAAUAUGGAUAUGUUAAUUAACAAUAAUGAUUGUAAUUUAUUAAAUAAAAAUAAUAUAAGUAAUAGUGAUAAUACAUUUAAUAAUUCUUUCUUUCAGAAAAAAGAUAUAGAUUUUAAUAAAAAUCAAGACAUUAUGGAAAUGAAUAACAUUGAUAAUAACAUAACAACACCACUGUCUCAUAAUUUUUCCAAAAAUGAGAAUAUUCAAAAUAAUGUAUUAAAAGAACAAAUUGUAAAUAAUAAAUCUAUUAAUCAAGAACAUAAAGAAAUUGAGGUAGAUAAUAUUAAAAAAAAUGAAACUGGAGUUUUUCAUGAUAAUUAUAAUGAUGAAUAUAAGGAAGACUAUGAUGAUGAUGGUGAUGAUGAUGAUAAUGAUGAUGAUGAUGAUGAUGAUGAUGAUGUUGAUGUUGAUGUUGAUGUUGAUGUUGAUGUUGAUGUUGAUGAUGAUGUUGAUGAUGAUGAUGAUGAUGAUGAUGAUAAUGAUGAUGAUUAUGAUGUUGAUGAAGAUGACAAUGAUGAAGAUUAUGAAGAAUAUAAGGAAAAGAAAAAUUACAAAAAUGAUAAUAAUCAUAUAGUUAGAAAUUCAGGGAAAAUAGAAGAGAAAAACAGAAAUGUUAAAAAUAAUGAUAUAGAAAAUACAGAUAAAAAUCCAAUUUGA